GUAAAGCUGAUACUCCCAAGCAUCUCUCUGCAAUGGCCUCAGGGAACGACGGUGACCCACCGAGGGCCCACGGACACCGGGGAAGCAAUGGGCGCAGGCUGUCACAAGAGCUCAACUCAGAAGACCAGGUGGCAGAGGAGACGGAGGAGGUGUUUCGGAGCUAUGCCUUCUACCGCUACCAACAGGAGAGAGAGGAGAGAGGGGAGGAGAUGCCCAUGGACCCAGAGAUCGUGGAGAUCCAGGAGGAGCUGGGCAGCACUGGAAGCCUGGUGGGAAGGCGCCUGGCCAUCAUUGGUGACGACAUUAACGAGCGGUACGAUGCGGAGUUUCGCUACAUGCUGAAAUCCUUGCAGCCCACCAAGGAGAACGCCUACGAGUACUUCACCAGAAUAGCCUCCAGCUUGUUCGAGAGCGGCAUUAACUGGGGCCGGGUGAUUGCACUGCUGGGCUUUGGCUACCGCAUGGCCAUCCACGUCUACCAGCAUGGCAUACCGGGUUUCCUCCGCCGGAUCGCCCGCUAUGUCGCGGAUUUUAUGCUCCGGAACCGCAUCGCCCAGUGGAUCGCCCAGCAGGGAGGAUGGGUGGCUGCACUCGAGCUGGACAAUGUUUACAUGAAGUACAUGCUGGUGGUGGUGGCCCUGGUCAUGGUGGGGCAUUUAGUGGUACGACGCUUCUUCAGGCCCUGA